GUCCACUCUCCACCACCGCCGGUCCACUCUCCUCCACCGCCGGUCCAUUCUCCACCACCACCGGGUGCACUCUCCGCCACCGCCGGUUCACUCUCCGCCACCGCCGGUUCACUCUCCACCACCGCCGGUUCACUCUCCGCCACCACCGGUUCACUCUCCGCCACCACCUCCUCCACCAGUUUCACUCUCCACCACCACCGGUUCACUCUCCGCCGCCACCCACCACCACCGGUUCACUCUCCGCCACCUCCAGUCCACUCUCCACCGCCACCGGUUCACUCUCCGCCACCUCCAGUCCACUCUCCACCCCCACCGGUUCACUCUCCGCCACCUCCAGUCCACUCUCCACCCCCACCGGUCCACUCCCCACCACCUCCGCCUGUGUACUCUCCUCCACCACCUGUCUUUUCACCACCACCACCACCACCGGUACAUUCCCCGCCGCCACCAGUCCAUUCGCCACCUCCUCCGGUUAACUCGCCGCCGCCACCGGUGGAAAAGAAAGAGUCUCCGCUGGCACAAGCACCAGCUCCAAGUGAUGAAUUCAUCAUACCACCCUUCGUCGGCCACCAAUACGCAUCGCCACCACCUCCAAUGUUCCCCGGCUACUAAUAUCCAUCAACGAGAGAAGAACCGACUAUAUAAAAAGCAAUUGUAUCUUCUUGAACUAAAUUUGUAAAACGAAAGAAGAAGAAGAAGAAAACAAUUAAUGUAUGAUAACCGAAACGAACUUGUUACCGAUGUCGAUUCAUUUGUACAAUGACAACUUCUGAUAGUAGAUAAAGAUUUUAAACUUUCUAAACAAAAUUAAAUGUCUUCACUCUCUUAUUCCAACUAAUUACAUGUUUUAAAUAUGAUUUGUAGACUCUUAUCA